AUGAAAGUCGAUCCCAUAGCCCAUGAGAAGCGAUAUUCCGAUUCCUUCGUGGGGAAGGUGAAGGCAGCCGCUCUACCGUUGGUCAAGUCUAAAAUCGCUCUCGGAACUAACAAUCUCAUGAUGGAUUCCGAUAUUAAACACGAGGAGCCGGAGGCGGAGGCAGAGCCCCAAUACAAGCGUAAGAAAUUAUCAGAUCCCCAAAUCUGCAUCGUGUGCAAGUUCAGCGAUGCAACAUCCAACGGCUACGACAUUGUAAUUGCACCAACAUCAUCAUCAUCAUCAUCAUCAUCAUCAUCAUCAUCAUCCCCCAGCACUAUCACUAUCACGCCUGCCCUCCGCCUCAAAACCGCCGACAUACACACUGAAAACCGGUUUGCAGCCUGUGGUCUGGGUUCCACUCUCUAUCUGUUUGAACACGAACCCUCCACGUCAGCAUACAGGCUUGACCUGUCCCCGCACCUCGCCUCUGGGCGGCGGCGGCCCACCACCACCGUGGAGCUGGGGGCGGCCGACCUCACCCCCGUGCGCCGCCAGCGCCACCCAAAGCUCGUCCUCCACGCCAUCCCCACACCCGACGGCACAAAGAUCCUCGUCUUCUCCAAACUCAUGGAAUUCGAUGAAGACACACGGGUAGCCGGAGGCAACAGUUUCGAGCUGUACGAUCCCUCAACUGACACCUGGGUUCUGCUCCCGGGAAUCCACCACGACUACUUUGAUGCGAGCCAUGCUUGGGCCCACAUCAUGGACUUUGCUUUCGUGGAUGAGACUACUUUCUUCAUACAGACGGCCAGGAGAAACUCACCAGAAAGCCAAAAAACCGUCUUCUGUCUCCGUCUCGACACUAUUGAUAGGGGCUGGCGGAGGCUGGGCCACUAUUUGGGGGCCGACUCGGUUUUCAUGCGGAGGAGCUUCGGCAGUUUUCUUGUGAUUGAGAAAACGCUGUGCGUGACGCCCUCUCACAUUUACGAUCUGAAGAGGAGAGAUGAAUGUUUGGACCUUGUGCUGGGGCCAUGGGCACCCGAUUUCCGCCAGUCGGCUCCUGAUUCUGUGUGGCUUCUCGAUGGCAAUAAGCUGGGGGGCAAGUACACGUUUUGCACUUUGACGGCAGGGAUAAGGAGAAGAACGAGGGAACCUAAACUUGUAAUGGCUCUCCACCACUGUGAUGUUGCCCGCUAUAGAGAGCAUGGGGAACUCAGCAAGAGCAUCUUGGCUGGGUUUAGCCCGUUGGUGAUCGUAUAUUUAAUGCGCCGUAAGAGAACUACUCGACUGGGUUCGGUUCGUGUUGGAUUAUCAGAGCUGGGUUUGAAUCCUUUGAGAUUAGGAAUCCAAGGCUGGGUCCAA